UAACUUAAUCUUUUUUUAGCGGAACAUUGUUUUUUUAGUUUACAGAACAAGUUUUUUACUUUGGUAACAAAUAAAAAUAUUAAUUAAAAUUGAUUCUAUUUAUUUUGUUCCGCAAACUUGUAAUACGUUUAUGAUCAUUUGUAACUCUUCUUAUAUUAAUUUGGAUUGCAUGUGUGAUGGAAAAACUAUUCAAAAUAAAUUAUUAAAUGUAUAUUUUAAUUUAAUUUUAGACUAUUAUUUACAGGUGCAAUUAUUAUUCCUCUGGAAUUUUAUGUGCUCUAUAUUUUUUCUUUUGAAAAAAAAUUUGUAGAUGUUAUAAUUAAAAGCUUAUUUAGGUUACAUAUAUAUUUAUAUAUAUCAAACAUCUUGUUUACAUUAUUAUUACUCUUGUUUAUAUUAUUUACUGCAAUGUCCUCACGAAUAAAACAUGCCAAGUGGCAAGUAAUAAAUCAAAGAGUAAAAAAACUUCUGGCGACAAUUGAAACACAUAAUGAAAAGGAAAAUAGUUUUCAAAAAGAAAAAAAUUGUUUGGAUAAUAAUCAAACUGUUAAAGAACCAACACCAGAAUAUUCUUUUGAUUCUAACGUUUUAGAGCAUUGCCAACAAUUUGAUCAAUCUGAUUUUUUAAAUGAAAACUCUCUUGGAAAUGUAAAUAAUAUUUCUUAUUGUUCAAGUAAUGAAUCUGACAACGAAUCUUGUUCUUCAAUAGAAAACCAUUUAAUUGAAAAUGAUAAAAUUGAAGAAGGUUGCAGUAAUAAUAAUGCAGAAUUUUUUAGUAAUAAUAGUAAUUAUGAUAAUAAUGUAUUUAAAGAUUGUAAUUUAUCAAACGACAUUGCUGAGUGGGCUGUUAAAUUUAAAAUUUCUCAUGUAGCUUUAAAUUCUCUUAUGUGCAUAUUAAAAAAAUAUGAUGACACUAUACCUCUCGACGCAAGAACUUUAUUAAAAACACAGAAAAAGUCUUCUGUUCUUAAUAUGUAUGAUGGGAAAUACUGUUAUUUCGGGAUUGCUAAUAAUUUGAGAAGAAUAUUUUCUAAAGUACCUGGACUAGAAUCACUACAAAAAAUAGACUUAUUUGUAAAUAUUGAUGGAAUACCAUUAGUUAAUAGCUCUUCGAUCCAAUUUUCGCCAAUACUUUGCAAAAUAAUUCAGUCUUCAUACAUAUUAGAACCUUUUAUUGUUGCUGUUUACUGUGGUGAAACAAAACCUUCUAAUAUAUAUGAGUAUCUUAAAGAUUUCAUACAGGAAUAUAAAAUUCUUAAUAAAGUUGGAAUAGUUAUCAAUACAAAAUUAUAUUUAGUUUCAAUUUCGGGUUUUAUUUGUGAUGCACCUGCUAGAGCUUUAAUUAAAAAAAUAAAAGGUCAUAAUGGUUAUUAUGGCUGUGAACGAUGCAUACAGAAAGGAGCACAUCCUUUUCAUUCGAUGAUAUUUAAUGAAAUUGACAGCGAAUUGAGAACAAAUGAAAAUUUUUUGUUACAAACGCAAAUUGAACAUCACAAUGGUGUUUCACCUUUAGUAGAAAUUGAUUUUCCUAUGAUUACGGGAUUUAUAUUAGACUCAAUGCAUUUAGUUUAUCUAGGAAUUAUGAAAAGAAUACUUGUUCAAUUAGUGCAAGGAACUAAUUAUUAUUGUAAGUUAGAUGCAAGAAGAGUUAAUCUUUUAUCAGAAAGAUUGCAGUCGUUGCGUAAGAAUAUUCCUGUAGAUUUUGCAAGAAAACCACAAUGUUUAAACAAAAUUAAAAAAUGGAAAGCUACAGAAUUACGUUUGUUUCUCUUAUAUAUUGGUCCUUUUGUUUUUAAUGGAAUUAUUUCAAAUAAUUUUGUUGAGUACUUUCUCAUUCUUCAUACAGCCGUGUUUAUUCUUUCACAUCCCAAAUUAGCAGUUCAAUUAUGUACUUAUGCACAGUCUUUAUUAAUACAAUUCGUUAAGGCUUUUGAUGAUUUUUUUGGACCAGGCUCUAAAAUUUACAACAUUCACAGUCUUAUUCAUCUUCCAGAUGAUGUCAGAAAUUUUGGCAAACCAUUAGAUGAACUAAGCGCGUUUGAUUUUGAAAAUUUACUUGGAAAAAUAAAAAGAUCUCUUCGUUCUGGAAAUAAACCAUUACCACAAUUGUCACGACGACUUUCUGAAAAUUAUUUCAAUUGUUUUGAAUAUAUUUGCACUAACAACAAAUUGAAAUUAAAACGUGAGCAUAAACGUGGACCUCUUUUUGAUGAUACAGAUAUUAUAAAUCAAUAUGAAGAAAUAAUUUUUGAUAAGUAUCACUUUGUAAUUCGUCGUCAAUCUGAUUCUGAUUGUUAUGCAUUAUUAGAAGAUGGGAUCAUUGUAAAGAUUUAUAAUAUUGUCACCAAGAGCUUGCAACAUAUCAAUUUAAUUUGUAAACAGUUUCUAAAAUAUGAUAACUAUUUCAAUUAUCCUUGUGAAUCUCAGAAAUUACAAAUAUUUAGAAUUGAUAAAUUGCAAGAUUCAUUUAAAAUAAUUAAUUUGGCACAAAUAAAAGCUAAAUGCAUUGUGUUUGAAGACAAUACUUCCCAUAUUGCAUAUCCUCUUUUACAUACAAUCACUAUGUAACCUAAAUAAGCAAAUAUAUAUUUUUUAAUUUUUAAUUUUUUUAUGUUUUUGUAUAUAAGUUCCUUUGAUAUACUAUAUAUUUUUUACAAAUAAAAAAUUUAAGUAACAUUUUAAUACUUUUGUAACAGUAUUGUUAAAUAUAUAAGAAAUGCUGAAGUGCUUUGGUUAUUUUUAUAAAGAUACUAAAAAUAUAAUCUGAAAAUGUUUUGAACGUUUAGAUGAAGAAUUAUUCAAUAGUAGAAUUUGUCAAAGAGAGCACAGUAGAAAUAAUUCCUUCCUCUUGGAUUCUACCUAAUAAUAAAACUGCAUUAUGGCCUGAAGGCAUAAACCGAUCAGUUUUAAAAAAACAUUUAAAGAAUUUAAUUAAACCCAUUGGCGAUUGGUCCAUUGUGGAAAUAAGAAUUUUGGGACAUGCAGACACUCUCGUUAACGCUGAAAAAAAGCGCAAAAAGCCGAAGAUACGUCUUACUUAAGUAGUGAUUCCGAUCCGGAAACAUUUCUUCCAUCAAAACGAGCAAAGAAAAAACCUUCUAGAUUUGAGGAUAUUUCUUCUGACGAAGAAGACACACAAGAGCCAAUCACGCAAUUAAAAGGACGAUAUCAAAAUAAAACUAUUAACUCAGAACAUUCGUUUAAACGUCCCGUCGUUCCAGCUUUUCCUGAUUUUCAAGAUUCUACCGUAAUAGAAAAAGUUAGACAAGGAAAUAUACAAACAGAUUGUCAGAAUAAAGAAAGUUUUGUACAUAACAAUAAAAGAGCAGAAAAUAUUGUAAGAACUAAAGAAACAGUUACAGGGUCACAAUUUCUGAAAUACAUUAAAGAAGGAAUUUUAAGUAAGAUUUUUACAUUGAUUGAAGAAAUAAAAUAUGAUAUGAACACGUUCAAAACAAAUCAGCAAGAAAUUAAAGCAGGAAUCGAUGCUUUAUUAACAGCAAAUGACAAAAUAAACAUAAAUAAGUUCAGUCGGCUACUUCCAGUUACUUCUAUAGAAUCAUUCAACGAAAUUGACAACUCUGUGACAAACUCUGAAGAGGACUUUUUAUCUCUUUUAAGAAUAACAAAAUAAAAUAUCUUAAUCUCGCGUCUGGUGAAACAGUAAAUAAACUCAUACCAUCAAUAAUGAAAAUGAUCAUGAAAAAAAGCCGUGUCCAUACAAUUUAGUGGUUGUGGUAAACAAAAGAAACGUGAUUUUUCUGCAACGAAAAUUGCUGCUGCAGUACUUGAAGUGGUAUCAAAAAAAUUGCCUAAUGCAACAAGAAAAGAGAUAUUUAAUAAAAUAUCUAAAUUUCUUGCUGAAAGUGGAGAUAGAGAGAGAGGAAGAAGAGAACGAUCUCUUGCUGUAAGCAAAGAUAAGGAUGGAAGAAGAAAAGAAAGAUCGCUUAAUGAAAGUGAAGAUAGCGAAAAUAGAAGAGAGAGAUCGCAUACUGAAGAAGAA